AUGGAUAUUUUUAGAGUUUUAACAAGAGGUGCAUCUGUUAAGAAGGAUACAAAUGCUGCUAAGCAGUUAAGAGAUGUAGAUAAUAGUCGUAAUGAUGAAAACUCUGAGCAAAAAAGUUCAAAUAAUCUAAUCAAAGAAGAUGUUCAGAUUACAAAAGAACUGGAUUUUUUCCGCAAUAAAAGAAUCGUCAAUAGAAUUGAAAAGCAGAAAGAACUUGAAAAUAAAACGAGUGCUGAACCAACCAUCAAUCUCACUGAUAAUACUGAUAAUGGUACCAUUCCAAAGCCUAUUAUCACCAAUAAAGAAGAAGCACGUAUAUUGCGUAAUACUUACAAAGGUAAUAUUACAGGUAACGAUGUACCUUUGCCAAUAGGCUCAUUUGACGACUUAAUUACAAGAUUUUCGUUUGAUAAAAGGUUACUUAAUAAUUUGAUAGAUAAUCACUUUACUGAGCCAACGCCUAUUCAAAGUGAAGCUAUUCCUAUUGCUUUACUGGACCGUGAUAUAGUUGCUUGUGCACCAACUGGUUCUGGUAAAACUAUGGCAUUCUUAAUACCACUUUUACAACAAAUUAUUGAUGAAAAAAAAGUUGUGGGCUUGAAAGGUUUAAUAAUAUCUCCAACAAAAGAAUUAGCCAACCAAAUUUUCUUAGAAUGUGUUAAGCUUUCACGUUCUAUUUUUUUUGAGAAAAAAAGACCAUUGCAAGUUGCACUACUUUCAAAGUCUUUGAGUGCAAAAUUAAAAAAUAAAGUAAUUAGCAAUAGUAAGUAUGAUAUUAUAAUAUCGACACCAUUAAGAUUAAUUGAUGUCGUAAGAAAUGAAUCGUUAGACCUAUCAAAGGUUAAGCAUUUAAUUUUUGAUGAAGCUGAUAAGUUAUUCGAUAAAACAUUCGUUGAGCAAACAGAUGAUAUUUUAAGUUCGUGUACAGAUCCUGCUUUGAGAAAAUCAAUGUUCUCUGCCACUAUUCCAUCAAGUGUUGAAGAUAUUGCACAAAGUCUAAUGAACGAUCCAGUUCGUGUAGUUAUUGGUCAUAAAGAGGCUGCUAACUCAAAUAUCGAGCAAAAAUUGAUAUUUUGUGGUAAUGAAGAGGGUAAAUUAAUUGCAAUUAAACAGUUAACACAAGAAGGUGAAUUUAAACCACCAGUAAUUAUAUUUUUAGAAUCGAUUACGAGAGCUAAAGCAUUAUACCAUGAAAUGAUGUAUGAUAGGCUAAAUGUAGAUGUUAUUCACGCUGAAAGAACAACUAUUCAGAGAAACAAAAUCAUUGAAAGAUUUAAAAGUGGUGAAUUAUGGUGUUUGAUUUGUACUGAUGUCUUAGCUCGUGGUGUUGAUUUUAAGGGGGUAAAUUUAGUUAUUAAUUAUGAUGUGCCAAGAUCAUCUCAGGCGUAUGUUCAUAGAAUUGGUAGAACUGGUAGAGCUGGCCGUAAGGGUAAAGCUAUCACGCUAUAUACCAAGCAAGACGCAUUGGCUGUGAAGCCAAUUAUUAAUGUAAUGAAACAAAGUGGGUGUGAAGUUGCUGAAUGGAUGGACACAAAGCUAACUAAGAGAGAAAAAGAAUCAAUUAAAAAAGGUAAAGCCCAUAAGGAUAGACUACAAAUUAGUACUGUUCCAAAAGUUGAUAAACUUAAAAGAAAGCGUAAAAAUGAAAUGAUCAAUGCCUCCAAGAGAAGAAAAGAAUUGGAAAAAGGAAACAAGUUAAUUUCAAAACAUAAUAAGGAGAAUAGUGAUGGUUCAAACUAG